AUGUCUACUGCCGUCGUACAAGCCGACGAUCUCAUGGAGCCUUCGCUCCAGUCGAUCGUCAGCCAGGAUACCCUCCGCUGGAUCUUCGUUGGUGGUAAAGGAGGUGUCGGUAAAACAACUACCUCCUGUUCUCUUGCGAUUCAGCUGGCCAAAGCUCGCAAAUCGGUUCUGCUCAUCUCGACCGACCCCGCACACAAUCUCAGUGACGCCUUUGGGCAAAAGUUUGGAAAGGAAGCUCGGCUAGUCGAUGGGUACACCAACCUCAGCGCUAUGGAGAUUGACCCCAAUGGCAGCAUUCAGGACCUGCUGGCCAGCGGCGAAGGGCAGGGCGACGACCCUAUGGCUGGAUUGGGCGUUGGAAACAUGAUGCAGGAUCUGGCUUUUAGCAUCCCCGGUGUUGAUGAAGCCAUGUCCUUUGCGGAAGUCCUAAAGCAAGUCAAAUCCUUGUCAUAUGAGGUUAUUGUUUUUGACACCGCCCCUACCGGUCACACCUUGCGUUUCCUUCAAUUUCCCACCGUGCUUGAAAAGGCUCUUGCAAAGCUUUCGCAGUUGUCGUCUCAAUUCGGGCCCAUGUUGAACUCCAUCCUUGGCUCCCGCGGUGGUCUGCCGGGUGGUCAGAACAUUGACGAGCUUCUACAGAAGAUGGAGUCUCUCAGAGAGACCAUCAGCGAAGUCAACACUCAAUUCAAGAACCCGGACAUGACCACCUUUGUGUGUGUCUGUAUCGCUGAAUUCUUGUCUCUGUAUGAGACCGAACGUAUGAUCCAGGAGCUGACAAGCUACAACAUUGACACGCACGCCAUUGUCGUCAAUCAGCUUUUGUUCCCCAAGCAGGGUAGUGAGUGUGAACAGUGCAAUGCACGGAGGAAGAUGCAGAAAAAGUACCUGGAACAGAUUGAAGAACUCUACGAAGAUUUCAAUGUUGUCCGGAUGCCGCUGUUAGUUGAGGAAGUCAGAGGAAAGGAGAAACUUGAAAAAUUCAGCGACAUGCUCAUUCACCCAUAUGUCCCCCCACAGUAA